AUGUUUUGUUGUGAUGGGGCAUCUUUUGGAAAUCCUGGAGUAGCCGGCUUUGGUGUGGUAAUAAGAGAUCAUUUAUGUCAAGUUCUGGGAGUAAUCUCUGGAGGAAUUGACAUUGCAACAAAUUACCUUGCAGAGGUAUAUGCAAUCAUCUGUGCAGUUGAGUUAGCUGUGGAAUGGCAGAUUCAAGAAGCAAUUCUAAACUUAGAUUAUAAGACUAUGGUGACUGAAUUUGUAAGAAACAGAAUGCCAUGGUUUUUCAAAAUGAGAUGGAAAAAAGCAAUUGCUAAGAUUCACUCUCUCCAGUUCAAACAUAGUUUCAGGGAAACUAACUUUUCUGCAGAUACAGCUACAAAAAAGGAGCUCUCCUGGCAGCAAGUCAAAGAGAAAUUUACUAUGGUAGACCAAGUUUUUUUAUCAAGGAUAGAAUUGCCUAAUAUAGCAUAUUACAGAAUGUGCUAG